AUGCAGAAACGCUCUUAUCCUCCCAAUCCACCACAUUAUAGCCCAUUCUCUUUCGCAAAAAACCAAAAUCCUUUUAUGGCCACCCCAGGUCCAUCUUAUUCCCCAUUUACAUUCUCUGAACCUUCUCCUACCUACUUUCCAUCACCUUUCCUCUCUAAACCACAACCACCUCCUCCUAGACUAGAACCUAGUCUCUCUUCCUCUAACGAAUCACUACCACAAGACCCUAGUAAAGGAAAAGCUCCCAUGACCUCUGAGCCACCACCACAACACAUGGCUAUCCAACCAACCCUCAUCCAUUCUACCAUUGAUAUGGAAACUCCAUCUUUAGAUGAUGAUUCUGAUGAAUCUCUCUUUUCAGAAUCAGAUAGUGCAGAUCAGCUUGUAGCCCUCACUACUUUGCUUAUGGCAGAUCCUACAGUUCCUUCUCCUUCUGAAGGAUCUCACACUGGAGCCACAGGAACUACUAAACCUCCCACGAAGCCUGCAUAA